CGUGGACAGACCCAGCAACUGACUAAGCAGGUUAUCCGCAUAUCUGACAAACAGCUCGAAUGUGCACCCCGCAUCUGCCGUUGCCCACCACACUCUACAGACAUAUGCUUCCAAUGGAUGAAGGAUCUGACCGCAAGCAUUUCAGUCGGGUUUCAAUUAAAUUUCAGCGCAAUGUCUCACAAACUCCCACGCGUCGACUUCUUCACUCUCACUCUUCACGUUCUCCUCUACUCCGGCUCAGGGUGA